GUCUCGCGCUGCAGGUUCGUAGCUCAGGUGCUGUAACGUGACACUGGCCCACGUGACCACCAGUGGGAAUUUAGGAGGAGGAAGAAAAAAAAACCGAAAAGAAAAACGAACCGCCAUCAAUGUUGGUGAUGAAUGAUCUCGCGGGGCUCGUCGGUGGGCGCGCGCGUGUGGACUUCGCCGGUGUUUCAGAGGAACCCUUGAGUUUUAGGCGUUUUUAACUGAGCUGCGUCGACGAGCCACUUUUCUGGGCUUCUCCAUCGCUGAGGUGAAGCGGAAGAGAACCUGCGGUCCGAUAUCGUGGUGUGGAAGAGCCGAGUGUCUCUGAGAAGUGAGGACUGAGGUAAAAACUUAACAGUUGUUCAGAGACGAACCACCACCGUUGCUGUGGUCUCGUCAAGCCCUGACAUGGUUUGCUGCGUCCAGCCCCAGGCCCAGGGCGAAUGAGGGCAGGGUCAGCCCGCAGAUGGACUCCAGGGUGGCCACAAUGUUGCAGGCGGGGCUAGCGGCAGGGAGCGCUCUGCUGCUAGUUCUUGGAAAAGCGUCGGCCCAAGACCCCAGCACAGUGCCUAGCAUAACUAAUACCACUACAACCCCCACCCCUUCAGGACCUGACAUCGUGGCGAUUGUGGUGCCAAUUGUGGUGAUCUUGGUUGUGCUGGUGGUGACGGGGGUCUUGGUCUUUCUCUUCUGUGUGGUGAAAAAGAAGAGGCAGACGGAAGGAACCUACAGGCCGAGCUCUGAGGAGCAGACGGGAGCACGAAGCGUGGAGGCGCCUAACGCUCUCAAAUUGCCCAAGGAGGAGAGACUCAUCUGACACUGUAGAGCACAAUGAGCCAAUACAUCCUGCCUUCAGUCCCAGAAUAUGAUGUCACCUGGACCUUGCACACCGUUAAGCUGGUAUAAGUUCUCCUCUUAACGCGGUAGUUUAGUGAAAAAUUGAUUAUACACAGUUUUCACCUUACUCCAAAUGUAGUCGCUCAGCCAAGACAUGGUUUGGUGUCCGAAGUUUGCUUCUUUAGUUACAUGGCAAAUGUGGAGCUUGAAAUAUUUGUCAGAACCUGACGGACCUGAUGUCACUUUUAGCAGGUUUUACCCUGCAUUUCCACCCGCUUUAGUUUUACUCUGUACUUUAUUCCUCUUCCCUACUUUCAUUACCUUAAAGCAGUUCUUAAUCUGGAAUGCUGGAUUUGCUCACUUGAGUUGAAAGAGUUUAGUUGGGUUGAGAGAAUUUAGCUUGUGAGCAAAUAAAUGCUCAAGUAAUAAAACAACAGAUCAAUUCAGAGUAUACUUUAGUGCGGCCAAAAGAUAAUUUUUAUGCAUGUUCAAUAAAUUAUAUGUAAUAUAAUAGUUUUAGGAUUAAACAGCUGAAAGCAAGCUGCUAUAUCAGCACCACACAGCAUGAGAACAGUGCAGUAUGGAAAGUGUGCUGAGCUAAAACCAUUUAUUUUAAUAUUUUUUUUGUUUUAUGAUCUAGUGAUGGCUGUUAUUGUCGCUACAUGGUAAUUUGACAAUAGUUUAACCGCUAUUAGAAAUAUAAGGUUUUAUUUGGCAUUUUAGACGAUAAUGGGCCAGUUUAAGUGAUUUUUGGACAGAAUUUUGUUGAGCUCGGGUCAGUUUUGGGCCUAAAACUUGAUGAUGUGAUUGAGUUUAGACAAAAUUUUGUCAGGCUAGGGUGGGGUUCGGACUCAAAACUUAAUAAUGCAGACAGAAAAAUCUUGCGCUGUAUUUGGGAUCGGACCAAAAUUUCAGGCAUGAUUAAAGCUGUAGGCAACUUUUGCAACUUGCAGCCCACACAACCAACCACAAAAGCUUCUGCAGCCCACAAAAAAGGAUUUAACCAGCCUGAUUGUUUCAAAUGCUGUCAAACUCAAUAGCAAAUUUGACUUGACUGUAUAACAUUGCAACAUCUGAAAUAAUAAUAAUAAUAAUAAUAACUCUAUUAUUACCCUGAAAAAAUUUGUUAGUAGCCACUUAUCCAUGAUGAGUGAAUCCCAUAUGAUAAAAAGAGAAAUGUUUUACAUCGACUUGCAUUAAAAUAUAAACAUAACUAGCCAUCUAUUUCAGUCAUGCAUUUUUUUCAAACCAAUCACUGAAUUUGACCUGAAUAUUUCUAUCACAAGAAUAAUAACAGAUUUAAAAUUACGUUUGGUUAAAUGUGUAUAUAUUUUAACAAAGUUUUGCGGACUGCCAAUGACCCCCCUAGCAGUACCCCAAUGGCCCAUUGGGUUUAAAACCACUUUUCUAGGCAAAUGUAGCUAAUAAGCAAUGGAAACUUGUACUUACCAGUUAGCACUGUGCUAAAUCACAUACUUGCCUUAACCGUGUCAAGUUCUAAUCUCAAACAGACUUAUUAUAUUAUGACAUUUCUGACAUACUGUUAUCUUUAAUGACCUAAAAUACAUUGCACAGCUAAAAACAGUAGUAGCUGCAAUAUGAAAGUCUGAAUUUUGUCUGUACUUUUGUCCAUUUGUAUAAAUUGCAGUGUGUCAUUACUUAACCUCAUUAGCCUUGCAGCUCUAGUGCAAAACUAAAGAAGUAAACUUGAGGCACCAAACAUGUUUCGGCUGAUCAACUACAUGUGAAAUAAAUGUAGAAUUGUGUAAACCUGAUUUUUUGCUGAAGUAAUUACUUUUGAAUGAAUCAUAAUGACAUGGGUGUGCCUGGAAGCCGUUGUGGUAGAGUUGAUGGCUAGAAGUGUCACUACACUGAAGCACAUGGCUUUACUCUGGAGGAACCAAACCACACCUUUACACCCCUCCUACGGCUUUUCUCUGAAAACACACCCAUCAGACUCUCCCAUGAAACACUAAAGAGACCGUAGCUGCAACAAGGCAUGAUUCUGCCUAACUGGUUAACCGUCCUGCUCUGAACAGUAAAAGACCAAAUCUACCCAUGAGGCAGAGGGUAAGAUGACUUUUAUAAGUGCAUUGGAUCGUCACUUUGCAGACUGACCUGGAGCGGUAUUACCCUUGACAACCUGAGACACAUUCAAGUGUCUUGUUCUUAAGGUACAUCGUCUUUACAUUUCUGCUAAAAGUCUUGAUUGAAAUCUCUUUGUCUUGCCUGCUGCUGUAUGAGUUGUAAUUCAGAGACUAUUUUUUAUAUAUAGUGUUAAACUGUUUUAUGAUUUUAUUCAUGUUUAUCAAAAUGCCCUUAUACCGCAGGAAAGUUUUUAUAGGUUAGUGCUGUUGAUGCUGGAACCACUAUCGUCAAAAAUUAUCUCAACAGCUUUAUAUUUACCAGGAGUGAUUAUUUACCUCAGUUUUUAUCUAUGGAAUGAGUGCAACACUGAUCAUGCUGACACUCCUGCAGUAAUGACCUGCAGCUACGACUCACACUUGUUUAAUCAAACACAUAAUGAAUAUACUUGAAUUAUUUUCUUAGCACUAACUUCUGUUUCAAAAUUGUGAUUAUUAUAUUAUAAUUAUUAAUCCCCAUCAGUGACCUCAAUGUGCAGCCAUGAUCAAUGUGUGUACUGCAGCGUUUGGACAAGCAGUCAGAUCAGAUAUUUCCUUCAUUUCCAGUCUUUUGGACUUUAACCACAUAUGUGUACAGACACCAGAAGCAUUUCAAAAAGGUACGCUUGAUUGCUUGUCUAAACACAUGAAUCUGAUCUGAGAAAGAGGAAAAAUAAAUAUGAAUCCUGCUGUUUUAACAUAGCAAAAGACAUAUCAUGUUGAAGAACUCUGUUCUACAGCUUUGUACACUGUUACUAAAAACUGGUAUUAAAUUAAUAAUGCAGCAAGUUGUAUUGUCGGUGCAUUUCAAACCCAAAUUAGAACAUCAUUUCUUGUUAUUUUACUUUAAAUGUCAGAACAAAACACUGAU